AUGGAUCUCUUUUCUAUUUAUGCCAUCUGGUUGAUCGCUUUUUCGAUUGUGUUCACCUUUUUACCAAUCUUUGCCGUUUUGGAAUGGAAGAAACGCGGCACCGCCGACGGGUUCUCAUCGGUGAAUUUGGUGUUACCGUGUCUGAUGAUGAUUUGCUGGCUUCGACACGGCCUUAUGACCGGUGACAAGAUGAAUAUUUAUCUCAAUCUCUUCAAUUUGUUUUUCUUUUCUGGAUACAUUUUCGCGUUUGGCUAUUUUCAGCCAAAGAGACAAUAUUUAAUCGCUCAAAUCAUCGGCCUCAUCACGCUCGUUUACGGGAUUUUCAACUACGUGGAUAAACAUGAUGCUGAUGAGGCUCCUGAAGUGAUGGGAGCUUUCGCAGCUGGCACACAAAUUUUCGGUCUCCUCGGCGGUCUCUAUGAAAUUAAGCGAGCUAUAUCUUUCAAACACACCGAAUACAUGCCAGCCAUCCUGCAGUUCGCCAUCUGGCUUCUCACCCUUCAAUGGUUGAUUUUUGGUAUCUGGGCCGGAAAUCAGUUCAUUGCGAUAGCCAACGUGGCCGGCAUCAUCGUGAACACCAUUCCGAUCAUUCUCUAUUUUAUCUAUCCACCAUUGACAUGGCGAGUUCCAAUCAUCGGCACUGGACCUCAGCAGAAGAAAAAAGAA